CUGUAAUCCGGGCGGUUUGUGCUGUGCUUUAGCUGAACGUCUUCUGCGUCUUUAAUUCACACAUUUAACCUCCGUUCAGUAAAACCGCGAUGGUUUCUCACUCUCUGGCGCUGCCGAUGAUCUGCUUCACCAUCCUGUGGGGGCUGGUGGGGGUGGUUGCUCCGUUUUUUGUGCCCAAAGGACCAAACCGAGGUGUCAUCAUUACCAGUCUGGUGCUGACAGCGGUCUGUUGCUAUUUAUUUUGGUUAAUAGCAAUUUUAGCCCAGGCAAACCCUCUGUUUGGACCACAGCUGAAGAACGAGACCCUCUGGUACUUGCGGUAUUACUGGGAAUAAACUAAGAAUACAAAAACAAGCUACCAUCUCAUCUCAUGAUCCACAUGGAAUCUUCAUGGAAUUCAGUGAGACUCCAGUGGACCAUUCCCUGGAAUGGCCACCUUCUAUUUUGGAUGUAAUGUUGAUCUUGUCUUUACAUUUUUUGACAUUCCUUCUCAAAUGAUGUUUAUCGGUUGCUUACAGAGCAGAAUUAUUGUAUAUAUGAAUCUCCUUAAAAGUGUAUGAUAUGAUGUAUAUGAUAUUGCCAGCAUUGUUGAGUAGAAAGAACACUUUUGUGCAAUAACAGUAGCUUGUAGCUAAUGUUCACCACCUGAAGGUUGAUAUAUUUGAGUUGUUUGAUUACAGUAUGUAUUCACAGUAUGUAUGUGAUAGUAGUGUACCGUAAUUGUUUCCCUGCUGGCACAUGUAAAAAUGUGAUCCCUAAGUGUGAGUCCCUAAGUGUGAUAGUUUUACUGUUUACAUGAACCUAUUUUAUGGUACAUUUUAUGUUGAUUUUUAUUUAUUGAAUUAUUUAUUUUUCCAUACGUUUAAUUCCAUAUGCUUAUGUGAAGUGUAAAAUGUGCUUACAGGUCUGUGUCAGUGCUGGAGUGUUGAGGUCACUGUUUGCAGGAAAACCUUAAAAAAAAAAUGCCAACAUAAGCGUAUGAGUGUUAGUUUGCACAAAAAUGUUGCAUUAGAGUUUCUCAUUUUUUCCAUUUUAUUUAAAUAUUUACUUA